AUGCAUCAGUUGAUGGAACAAGAGAAGCAAGAAAUUGAAAAACAAGAAAAACAGAAGCGAGAAAAAGAAAAUGAACAUAAAUAUCAACUUCGAAGUCAAACAAAGUCGGACUCUGAUUUGAAAAACUAUCAACCAUUUACGAUCCUUCCUCGAUCUAAAAUAUUACAUGAACGUAAACGUCAUACUAGAUCUUUAACUGCUUCACUAGAAGAAGUGUCUAUUCCUAAACCGCUCUCCAAAAAAGAAGGUUACUCUGGUGGUACAAAAUUAUUUCUGGCUGAAUAUGCCAAAAACACGAUUCGGUAUUCUUUUUAUUUACUGCUGGAAGAGAAAAUAUAUCCAACAACGGCAAGACUAUUGUCUCGACUUCGUCAAGAUUUCGAUGAUUUUCCAAUUCAUUCUGUCAGAAAAAGGUUAGCAAUAUCUGCAUUAAUUAAUACAAACGGUUAUCAUCUGAAUUCUGUUGAUAUUUUUCUUUGUUCGGAUGAACAUAACAUGGAUAAUGAUCGAUUUAUUAAGUGGAUAUCAGAUACAUCACUGAAAUUACUUGUACUUCGUGGAGAGAAUGCUAAAAUCGUAAUUGUGCUAGACAAUGAACCCUGGCAUAAUGUACUGUCACCAGAAUCAACAGUACCAAAAAGAUCAUGGCGAAAAGGACAAAUACAAGAAUGGUUAAUUGAUCAUCAUGUUUCAUUCGAUUGUUGUUCUGUGAGAGCUGAACUCUUGGAGCUAGUCUUGGCUAAUGCACCACCAAAAGAAUAUAUGACUGAUCGAGUUGCUGAACAAUUCAACGCACGAAUUGUUCGAUUACCUCAUCGACAUUGUUGCCUCAAUCCGAUCGAAUUAUCUUGGAAUAACUUGAACAAUAUAUGCGUGACAACAAUAUUACAUUCAAAGAGAAUGAUGUUUAUAACUUGGUCUUAA